AUGUCAACGGCGUUGGAGGUAACGGGCUGUUUGAUGGCGAUUGCCAGCUGGUUGAUCACUGGGGCCUCUUUAGCCAACGAUUAUUGGAAGGUGUCCUCUUAUUCUGGCGGCAUCAUCAUCUCCAACCGUCAGUAUGAGAACCUGUGGCACUCUUGUGCUGAGGACAGUGCUGGUGUUGCCGAGUGCCGGGACUUUGAGUCAAUGUUGGCUUUGCCAGGACACGUUCAGGCAUGUCGCGCUCUGAUGAUCAUCUCUUUGCUACUGGGCCUGUUUUCUAUCAUUGUAUCAAUCCUGGGGCUAAAAUGCAUUUCAGUGGGUAGUGCUUCGGAUGCAGCCAAGGCCAAAAUUGCUGUCACAGGCGGUAUUCUGUCCAUCCUCGGCGGUCUGUGCACAAUGGUAGCCAUAUCCUGGUAUGCUACUCGCAUUGUGGAGGAAUUCAACAACCCUUUUUAUGGAGGCAUCAAGUUUGAGCUGGGUACUGGUCUGUAUAUUGGCUGGGCCGGAGGAAGCCUGGCUAUUCUGGGCGGAGCUUUACUGACCUGUGCUUGUAAGAGGGCCUCUUCAGGAUCAAAAGGGACGUACUAUUCCAGUGCACCGAAGAAGAUCUACAAAUCUGCACCAACAACUGAGUCAGAGACAGGAAGAGCUUAUGUCUGA